AUUCAGUUGUUCUUCUUCGGGAGGAAAUAAAAUGAACGAUGAAUCCUGCGUAUAGAUUUAAAGUUUCUCGAAGUUGGUUUGGUCAAGAUUCAAAGAUGAAUGCGCUUACAUCAUCUGUACGAAUUAUUAUUUUUUAAUUAUUGCGAAUUGAAGGCAACUGUCCGAUGCCUCUCGUGCUACCUUGAGAUUUUUAUCUUCUUAAACAGAUGUUAUUUCUAUUCGUUGGAAGAAAAAGUCGGUGAAUUAUUUGCAUUUCAAUAGAUCCCGUCAGAUUGAAGGCAUGUCAAGAAAAUAACUCUUAAGUACUUCAAUAUGUAGCAGCUGUUUAUUUCGUCUCUUGAAUAUUAUUUACUUUUCUAAUGAUGGAGCUGAAAACAAAAUUUUGUGCGAGUCGGUACAGUUUAAACUUUUAAAGUUGUCCGCAUUUGUCGUUUAGCUUGACCCACGCAUUCUUCGAAUGUCCUGUUUCAACAGGGCGUUUUUUUUGUUAAUCGAGAGAAAUUUCCGAAUUCCUUAUUUCUAGGCAUUGAUCACACAGUCGCGGGCGUCUUGCGCGAUAAAUCGCGAGAUUUUGUGCUUAAGUUAUGGCGGACCUAAAAAACACGGCGCCGCCAAACGAAUCGACCGCCCCUUCAUUGAUCACGAAUGUUGGUGGCGGCUCAGGACAGAGACCGGUUGUUGGCAACGGACGUGGUGGGUUUCUGGGUCGUGGUCGUGGGACGCCACGAGGACGCGGCGGUGGAAGAGGCGGUCGUGGCGGCAUGGGCAGUGGAUCUUUCCCGACUGAAGGACACAAUGCCGGCGGUCCUGGCGCCAGUUUCGGACAUGCGAUGGGACGAGGGAAGAUGAGGACGCCAGAGGAAAGAGUGAUGGAGAAAUUGGCGAUGUCGUUCAAUGGAUCGACAGCCGACAUCCCGGCGAAGGAAGUGGUUGAGACGAGAAAGUUCAACGGUCAUUGCAGAUUGUACGUGGGCAAUAUCCCUAACGACAUGACGAACGAGGAACUUUCUGAACUGUUUUCGUCCUUCGGAGAGACCAGCGAACCGUUCGUCAACCGAGAGAAAAUGUUUGCGUUUAUAAAAAUGGACUAUCGGUCGAGUGCCGAACGAGCCAAAAAUGAGCUGGACCAAAAACUCGUGCGGGGGAAGAAUCUGAAGGUUCGUUACGCUCAGCAUGGAGCCAUUGUGAAGGUGAAGAAUUUGACUUCCUGGGUGUCAAACGAGCUCUUGGAACGCGCCAUGUCAGUUUUCGGAGAAGUCGAAAGAGCGAUUGUAGCUGUUGAUUCCAGAGGAAAGGCCUCGGGCGAAGGAACUGUGGAGUUUGUGCAGAAGCCGGCAGCCGCCACGUGUGUCAAAAUGUUGUCGGAAGGCUGUUUCUUCCUCACUUCUUCUCCGAAACCGGUGAUUGCUGAACUGGCCACGGAACAAGACGACGAAGACGGAUUGAUGGAGAAGAACUUGAUGCGGAGACACGCGGAGUUUGUUCAAGAACGGGAUUUACCGCCGAGGUUUGCGGAGCUGGAGUCGUUUGAAUUUGAAUACGGACAGCGUUGGAAAGCGUUGUACGACUUGGAAAAGCAGAAGAUUGAGGCCGUCAAGGCAGAAAUGCGCUUUGAAAAGGAGAAACUCGAGUCCCAGAUGGACUUUGCCAAGCAGGACGCGGAAAUCAACCUUCUACGCAAACAACUGAGGCAACGUGAGCUUGAGAAAGAGGCGAGGAUGCGGAAACAGGAAAUGCAGCUGCAGCAAAUUGAAGAAAUGAGGCGCAAUGAAGAGGCGCAGUAUCGGAAACGCGAAGAGCAAAUGACGCAAAUCAUUACCCGACGUGAGGAAAACUUGAGGCAACGCGCUCAAGAAAACUGCCUCUUCCUUCAGCAACAAGAGGCGGGUUAUGUCGGCAACGAAGGAGGCGCCUGCUUUGAUAAGGGACCCGUUGAACCCGGGUUCGGAAAACCCGAGAGGGAUGGUGGUUACGGACCCGGUGGAUACCAAUGGGAUCAGGGAUCUGGACCUGGACUUGGACUCAUGAAUCAAGGCGGUUAUGGAGGCAAAUUCGGGCCAGAUGUGGGCAACGGGCAGCCCGGAUUGGCUGGCGCGGCGCCGCCGCCGCCGACGAGGCAAUGGGGCCGUGGUUCGGACGACCUUGGUGGCCCCGAAAACUUCCAGUCGAAACGUCGUCGCUUUUAAAACCCGCGUCCCGUUUGAAAUUAUUUGAACGAAAAACGUGCGAGAGAAAAGAGAUGACAAGAAAGUGGAGCUUCACCACCUACCUACCUAUUCACUGGAUGGAAGAGGUCGUGAGCGAAGAAUAAUUCGACUCCGGUUGCGUGUUUUCCUGGAUUUCUAUGAAAUGCUUCUUGCGGAAGAGCUUUGUCGACUUUUGUUCGUUUGUUAUUGUUCAUUUUCUGACCGCGUUCAAAAGUGUUUCUCUUUUUCUUUUUUUUUUCUGAUGACGAAAAGUUAAACAGUGAUUUUGUUUUUUGUUGCUACGAUUUUUGAUGGAUUCCUGCUCGAAACUUGUUUUUUUUUUUCUAAGCUAGCAGUUCUGUUAUAUAGUAAGAUGGGGAUUUGGCUAAGAAACGUUAUUUGUUCCAGUGUGGUGUUCGUUGGCUGCAUUCUGUUUUGUUUUGGGAAAAAUUCGAAUACUGCGUUGAGGACAAUUUCACGGUUUUUGCCUCUUAAGAAAUGUUUUCCUGCUGGAUUAGUGUUUUUGAAGCAAUGUAAAGGCUUCGCAAGUGUCAAAUUUGUUAGCCAAGACCCUGCUGUACAUGACUGACUGCCGAAGUCUUGUUGUUUUCCAUGGAACGUUCGUUUCUACUGGAUUGUUUCUGCGUGUCACUGACCAUACAAGAAGAAUCCGUAAAUAUGUUCAUUAGAUGAGGAGAUUAUUGCAAGUACAGAAAUCUUCUUGGAAAAAAAUCAUUUUUGAUGUCCCUCCAACAUAGUCAAAAAUCAUUUGAGGCUCAAGACAAUUUUUAGUUUUGAGGAAAAAAAAUUGUUUACAGGUUCCAAUGGAUAUGUUAUAAUGAGAUCUUGGGAGCACAGAAGGACAUGCAGUGUAUGAAUAAAAUUUCAGAUGGUAUUGAGACAGUUAUGGUUGGUCUGUGAUGGUUUUAGUUUUCAGAGCCCUUCCUGAUCUAUGAAGAAAACCAGAUUUUUUUUCGGAUACACCUGCACUCAGUUGUGUUGAGAUCAGUUUACAUGAAACCUGUAGUUUUAUCAAUUGGGUUCACCGAAAUUCUAUUGCAUGAGCUCUGGUCAGUCACACUUCGGUGGUCACUCAAAUACAGCAACGUCUUGGAAAUAUUUCUUUUCUUCUGGAAAUGUUUUGAGUCCGCGUUAAUAUUCAACAAACCGCUGUUUCGCGAACGUUAAAUUAUUAUUCUACUGUAUUUUAUUGUUUGUUUGAAGAAAAGAAGUAAAUGCUAUUUGUUCCGAGUUUUCAAAUCCCACAGAAGUUGGAAUUUUUCAUUCAGAAAGUGAAAGCUUGCACACGUAUCAUUUCGCUUGAAAAAAAAAAAUUCGUGGCAGAAGUUUUUUUUACGAAGUGGCUUUUAAGGUCUUUUUAUUGGCCUCGAGAAUUCCACGAUUAUUAUCCCCUUGCGAGGGUAUUUUCAGAAGUUCUUGGACUGCUUGAAUAAAAAAGUAACUGAAAUUAGAAUUUCUUCAUGAUGGACCAUUUUUUUUGUCCAUCUACGGAACAUGCAGAAUAGUCAUUGGAUAAAAUACCUACUCCACUUCAAGUUUUGUUUCAUUCCACCCUAUGUUUAAAAAGUUGAAUGUUUUUCCGUGAUCAUAGAAGUUAUUUUUCAGACUACCUUCCCUUGUCGGAUUCAGUUUUUCAGAAAACUACUGUAGAGGAUACUCCUGUAUUAGAAUAACGUUAUCCAACUGACUAAUAGAGGGCAGGGUUAUUUGAAAAUUAUGCUUACAUUUUAGAACCACCAUUUCUUCCCAUGCAACCAAGUCCUCUUCUAAAUGUUCGCAGAAAAACACAUAUGUUCCGUUGCGUUUGUAAAAAUGAAAAUUUUCUGUUUUCAAUCAUCUUUUUCUUGUUGCACUUCUGACUUGGAAAUACUGGCAUACGAAAGGAAUUGCGUGAAAAUUUUGGAAUAUGACUGAUGAAAUAUUUCAGAGCUGUAUCAGUUUGAAAUUUGGCAACUAAUGUUAGUCCAAGGAUUUCUAAAAAUGAAAUCUUACUCGAAGCAAAUUUUGUGUGUGGAACUGCUGUUGUGUUCUUUUUGAAGUGUUAAAAUGUUUGAGUUUGAGGGGGAACAAAGGGGCUUCGUUUCGAGGUCAUGAUUUCAUCUUCCUGGUACCCGGUUAUUCCGUUGUUUUGACGUUUCGAAGAUUGAUGCCGGUGACCUGAAGUACAGAGUGGGGCGAAUAAAAGCUGGAAGUGUAGCAUGAACAA